AUGUCCAGCAAUAACAUUUCUACAGAAAUCUCUCAAGAAAUUUCUCAAACACCAUAUGCCUGCUCAUCUCUGACCCACUUAAGUGGCGGAACAGCCAACUUUGUCUAUCGAGGGAUUCUCACCCAUCCACUACAAGAUGGCACGACGACUGUCAUCAUCAAACAUGGCAAGGAUUACAUUGCUUCGAAUCAGGAUUUCAAAUUACCCACCGAACGAUGUGUAAUCGAGGAAACCAUCCUCAACGCCAUGGGUGACUACCCCGCCCCUCAGAAUAAUGAAUACGCCGAACACGUCUCGGUCAAAACACCCCAUCUCUUUCACUUCAAUCGGGAAACAAACACACAAAUCCUCGAGGAUUUGCCUGAUGCCAUGGAUCUAAAGUCAUUCUUUAGCGCUUCCCCCACCGGCAUCUCCGAGUCCCAUGCUGGAUCUAUUGGUCAAGCUCUUGGGGGCUGGUUAUCAUCUUUCCACUCAUGGACGGCAGAAGAGAAGCAAUCGAAUCUAGCUGUUGAGAUGGAGAAGAAUAAACUCAUGCAGGAUUUGAAAUUCAGUAUCAACUAUGAGAGUUUGGUCCAGAUGGUUGAUAAAUAUCCCGCACUGUUGAAGGAAAGCAAAGAUGUUUUCGAAAAGGUACGCGACAGUGCAGCGAAGGAGGUUGGCAGGAAAGAUGGAGAUGGGUUUGGAAUCAUCCAUGGUGAUUUCUGGUCUGGAAACGUCUUAAUCCCGAAGAACGUGGCGAAUGCACCAAAUACUACUCUCUUCAUCAUCGAUUGGGAAUUAUGCCACUGUGGCGCGCGGGCUUUGGAUCUAGGACAAAUGAUAGCCGAGCUGUACAUGUUGAAACAUUUCAAGGACAUCGAUCCUGGCUUAUGGGUGAUACAGGGAUUUGCGCAAGGGUAUCAUGAACAGCUGAAUGAGGAUUUGGCGUUCAGAAUUGUCAUCCAUGUAGGCGUUCACCUUGUGUUUUGGGGUAGUACGAUCCCUGGAUGGGGCACUGAAGAGCAGGUCGAAGAGGUUGUAAAGAUUGGACGAGACUUUGUUGUCAAAGGCUGGGAGAAGGAGAAGGCGUGGUUCGAGGGUGGUCCGUUGGGGUGCUUAUUUUCAUAA